AACGCUGCAAGGAAGAAGAGGUGUGAAGGGAAGAACGCUUGAAGCGAAGGGAGCGAGGAUGAAGCAAUCGGGGAAGGAGAAGGAGAAUUCCAUGAAAUCGGCUAUUGUGGUUGCUGGAGCUCUAGCUUUCGGAUGGAUGACCAUAGAGCUUGCUCUCAAGCCUUUCCUCAAGCAAGCUCGCGACGCCAUGGACAAGUCCGACGCCACCCGCGAUCCCGACGAUGAAGAACCCAGCGGAGCUCCCAAGUCUUCUUUGUCCACCACCACCGACGAUGUCUCGGACCGCGCUGGAUUGAAAUAGAAACAUCUC